AAGUUCGUAAUAAACUUAUUUCUUGUCAAAACUGUGGCAAAGUCAAGAACCACUUCUCCUUACUUCCUGGACGCUUCCUUCUUGCAAAUUCUCGUGUUCCUUAGUUUGCGGUGCCAACAGUGCCAAUUUCCUCAUUUUUCACGUCUUCUCAAUACUUGCAUUCAUAGCAGACGCUAUCUCGAAGUCUGCCAUGCAUUCUACAGUAUAGACAAAAAGAAACCAACAAAAGAACAACUCAAGUGUCGUCAAGAAAGGUCGUAAAUGCUCCUGUCAUCGUCUCUUAUGUCAUCCUCCUCACUUGUUAUUCCUCUCGACGAUAGAAGCCAUUUCUUAAUGUUAUAAAUACAAGCCACUCUCUGUUCUCCCAUCACCAUCGCACUUCAUAGAUCGAUCUCUCUCUCUUCCUCCGAUCACUUUCUCUUUCGCUUGCACAGAAGAAUCCUUCUGCUCAAUUUGGCAACAUGAAAGGCUCUCGCAUAGGGUCUUCUACUCUUCAAAAUGCCGAUGAUGAUGAUCUGAAAGCUGCCAUUGGCGCUGGAAGGAAUCAAGACCAGAAACAAAGGUCGACCAGUGAUCUCCUCCAGCAUGAUGAAACACCCUCGCGGAAGACCAUCGAGGAGGAGAGGAAACAGGCAGUCCCAUUCAUUUUAACUUUCACCGACUUGACCUACAGCACUCGCAUCCACCGGAAAAUGCUCGAUGCCGGAUGUAAGAGAACUCUGCCGGUGACGACCAUGGACACCUCCGGGUCGCCGCUGGCCGGCACCAAGAUGUUAUUGAACCGCAUCUCCGGUGAGGCCCGGGAGGGAGAGAUCCUGGCGGUGGUAGGCGCCAGUGGGUCAGGCAAGUCCACGCUUAUCGACGCGCUAGCAAACCGAAUCGCUAAGAAGAGCCUGCGAGGCAGCGUGAAGCUCAACGGCGAGGCGAUCGACGGGCGGCUCAUGCGCUCCAUCUCUGCGUACGUCCGGCAAGACGAUCUUCUCUUCCCGAUGCUCACCGUCGAGGAGACGCUGUCCUUCGCCGCUGAAUUCCGGCUGCCGCAGACUCUCUCCAAGGAAAAGAAGCAAGCGAGGGUGCAAGCUCUCAUUGAACAGCUGGGCCUCCGCCGCGCUGCCAAGACUAUCAUCGGCGACGAGGGCCACCGGGGCGUGUCCGGUGGGGAGAGACGUCGGGUGUCGAUUGGCAUCGACAUCGUCCACGAUCCGAUCCUCCUGUUCCUAGACGAGCCCACCUCUGGGCUCGACUCCACCAGCGCUUUCAUGGUGGUGAAAGUUCUUCAGAGAAUUGCCCGAACCGGCAGCAUCGUCAUCAUGUCUAUUCACCAACCGAGCUACCGGAUCGUCGGUCUACUUGAUCGCAUGGUGUUCCUCUCAAACGGCAACACGGUGUACAACGGGCCGUCGACUCAUCUCCCGGCCUUUCUGGCAGAAUUCGGCCGUCCGGUGCCGGAAAACGAGAGCCCGAUUGAGUUUGCUCUCGACCUCAUCCGUGAGCUCGAAGUGAGCCAAGAUGGAACCAAGAACCUUGUUGAUCACUUCCACAACUUUAAAUCAACUAGGUUUGUGGGCUCUUCAUCAAGGGCAGCAGACGACAAAAGCUUGACUCUCAAGGACGCGAUUAACGCCAGCAUCUCCCGUGGAAAGCUCGUCAUUGGGAGUGAGGACGGCCGGAGCUCGUCUGAAUCGAUGCCGGAGUUUGCGAACCCACUAUGGAAGGAGACCGCCAUACUCACGAAGCGGUCCGUGAUGAACACUCGCCGGCUACCGGAGCUCUUCUUUACGCGCCUUGCAAUCGUUAUGAUCACCGGCUUCAUCCUCGCCACCAUCUUCUGGCGCUUGGACUCCUCGCCAAAGGGAGUCCAGGAGCGGCUCGGCUUCCUAGCCUUUGCCAUGUCCACAACCUUCUACACCUGCGCCGAUGCCCUGCCGGUGUUUCUCCAGGAGCGCUACAUCUUCAUGAGGGAGACUGCCUACAACGCCUACCGUCGUUCCUCUUACGUUAUCUCCAACGCCAUCGUCGCAACGCCAUCGUUGGUGCUCCUCUCCCUCGUCUUCGCCUCCAUCACCUUCUUCGCCGUCGGCCUCGCCGGCGGCAGGGACGGCUUUCUCUACUUCUUUGCUAUAACUUUUGCCUCCUUUUGGGCCGGAAGCGGGUUCGUCACCUUCAUCUCCGGCAUCAUCUCGCAAGUGAUGGUGGGCUACAUUGUUGCGAUUGCUGUGCUCUCGUACUCCCUCCUCUUCAGCGGCUUCUUCAUCAACAGGGACAGAAUACCAUCGUACUGGAUUUGGUUCCACUACCUCUCGAUGGUGAAGUAUCCCUACGAGGGAGUGUUGCAGAAUGAGUUCGAGAAUGCGAAGCAGUGCUUCUCGACGGGCGGCCAAAUGUUUGACAAUACGCCGCUGAAGGGGCUGAGCGACGAGACCAAGGCCGGGCUGCUGAAGACGCUGAGUAACUCAUUGGGCAUGAACAUUACCAUGACGACGUGCGUGACGACGGGAACUGACAUAUUGAAGGAGCAGAGCGUCACGCAGUUGACCAAGUGGGACUGCUUCUGGGUGACGGUGGCAAUGGGAUUCUUCUUCAGGCUGCUCUUCUACGUCGCCCUGUUGAUUGGUGGCAGGAACAAGAGAAGGUGAAGGAGGAGGAACCGUCGUUAAUGGCGGCCCCCAAAAGUGGAUGUCCGCAGCUGUUGCCCUCUCCGAGGCUAAAGAUUUGUUUUCUAAAUUUUAUUGUUUAUUUUUUUAUUCUUUUAAUUUUAGGAAAUUAUAUUGGAGAAGCUGUAAGCAAUUAUACGAGAAAUUAUAGUAGUCGUGUAUGUUGUGUAUUAGAUUA